CCGCACCUGCUGGGGGCUAGAUUGCCAAACUCGUCAGGGAUGACCACCUAGAUGCCAGCGAGAACUGGGUCGGGUUGAUGCAUGUGAGAGUCGUGGGGGGCACGGAACAAGGCUACUGCGAGUAUGAGCUGACCAUGCCGGUGGCAAGGCUGCCAUUUGAUCCGGAUGAAUGGGAAUGGCCGGGCCACAAACCCAUGAGAUUACAUAUGGCUGUUGAAGCUAUAUGCACUGCUGAUGUUUCUAUUGUGCCUUCUGCUCCUGUUUCUGUUGCUCCUGCUGCAACAACUGCUGCUGUUGCUCUUGUUGCAGAUGCAGAUGCAGAUGCAGAUGCAGAUGCAGAUGCUGUUGUCGUUCUCGGUGCGCCUUUUGCUGCAGUGACACCUGUUGUUGUUGUUGUUGUUGCUGGUGUUACAGCAGCUGCUUCUGCCGCAUGUUUUGCUGUUUAUACUGUCGCUUCUAUUGCGUCAUUAGUUCCUGUUCAAGUUGUUAUGCCUGUUGCUGUUAUGACUCGUGUUGGCAUUGUCGCAGUUGCAAAUGCUGCAGAAACUGGCUCUGCUGAUGUUGUGCUUGCAUUUGUUGUUGCAGCAUCAUGCGGUGCUGCUAUUCCUGUUGCGCCUAUGCAGCAACAACACCUGCUCAUGCUUCUGUUCGAUGGCGCUAAUGCUGCUGCUGUUCAUGUUGCGCCUGUUGCUGCAGUUACUCCUGCUGAUGUUGUUGCUGAGACCGUUGAUGUUGUUGUGGCGCUGGCAACACUGGCAGCAGUGUCUUUGAAUGUGGCAGCAGUGACUUGUGGUCCUGCUGCUGCAACUGUUGUAGUUCGGAUGGUUGCAGCAGUGGUUGUGGGACCUGAGUGGUUGGUGCUGGCAAGGGCAGCAAUUCUUGAGCCUGUAGCAGUGGUAUCUAUGAAUCUUACAGUUGUUGGGCCAGCUAGCACUGGUGGCCUCGGUCCGGCUGCGAUUGCCACUGUGGGCAUGCCUGGAGGCCCGGAGGGGCUGUCACAGGCAGCAGGUGAGGGAGAACUCCUAACGCUCCUUUUCCCGUAAUUUUCUUAAAGUUUGUGCCUCUCCUUGAAUAUGCUCUAGUGGCUGUUUGUGAAGUGCAAGGUCUCAGUGCGGGGGAAGGGCAGCCUUUGUUACUUUAUUAAGCCUGUAGCUUUACCAAGC